AUGUUACCACGUCUCGUGUCUAAUUACAAUACCCGAAAGCAUCGAACAAUUGAUAUGCAACCCGUUGAUGUAACGCCCGCGGUAGCUGAAAGACUCUUGGCUACAGUAUACAAAGCUAUAAAGAUUGCCGGUCCGGCGAAAUUUAAAGUGGGUGACUCUGUACGCGUAAGCAAGUACAAAACUGUCUUUGAAAAGAGUUAUACACCAAAUUGGACGACUGAGGCGUUUAAGAUCAUUGAAGUUCAGCAUACCAAUCCCGUAACCUAUCUACUCGAGGAUUAUCGCGGAAAAUCUAUAUCUGGAGCGUUCUACGAACACGAAUUGCAUUGCGCGACUCAUCCGGAUGUAUUUCUUGUGGAGAAAGUAUUACGCAGGAAGGAAGACGAGGUCUAUGUAAAGUGGUUGGGAUUCGAUGGAUCACACAAUUCAUGGAUACACAAAGACAAUGUCAUUUGA